CUGUCAUGUUUCACUUCCGGAGCUUGCGAACAAAAUAGAAUCGCUAAGGCAAAGAAAACCCUGCGAGUGGCGAGUGUUUUAAGAUCACACUCACAAACAACAUCCAAAGUGGUUAGUGGCAGUUGAGAGAGUGCCAGAGACCCCGAAAAACAGCAGGGAAGACGGAUAAUUAGUGUGCGGCACUCACAACCACACACACAAACCUCCAACAACAACAUCAACAGCCUCGCUCGCUUUUCCCGCUUUUCGUUUAUAACUCAUAAUCAGUUAUAAUAACAACGAUAAACGAUGGCCGAUGCAGAGAAUAAGCCACUGGCCGCUGAGCAACAGCAGGAGCAGCAGAAUCUGCAGGAGCAGGACCUCGAGCAGGAACCGCAGGACGAGCAGCAGCUGCAGGGACAGCAGGGCAAGCCCGCUCCGCCGCCCAAGGAAGUCAUUGCCACCAAAGUUACCGGCACCGUCAAGUGGUUCAACGUGAAGAGCGGCUACGGCUUCAUCAACCGCAACGACACCAAAGAGGACGUCUUCGUGCACCAGAGCGCCAUUGCGCGGAAUAACCCCAAGAAGGCGGUCCGCUCGGUGGGCGAUGGUGAGGUCGUUGAGUUCGACGUGGUCAUUGGUGAGAAAGGAAACGAGGCGGCCAACGUGACUGGUCCUUCCGGCGAGCCGGUGCGGGGCAGUCAGUUUGCAGCAGACAAGCGCCGUAACUUCCGUCCCUGGAUGAAGAAGAAUCGCCGCAAGGAUGGUGAAGUAGAAGGCGAGGAGGUGGAAUCUCCAGCCCAGCAGCAGCAGCCGCCUCCAUCCGCUGACGGGCAGCAGCAGCAGCUCCAGUCCGGCCCGCGUCAUCCCCGCCAGAACUUCCGCCGAUUACCACCCGGUGCACCACCCGGUGGACCUCGUGGUGGCCCUCGAGUACCAUCUGGUGGCGCUCCUGGUGGCCCCCGGCGUCACAAUAACUACUAUCCGCGUCAACCGCGUCGCGGACUUGGAGGCGGUGAUGGCAGCAGCGCCGAACCCGGCGUUCACGAUCAGAAUCCUGAGGGUCUGCAGCGAGGCGAGGGUCAGGGACCACGUCGCGGUGGUGGCCCACCAGGUGGACCUCAGAGGCGCUUCUUCCGACGCAACUACAACAAUGUACCGCCACAACGCCGCGAUGGCGGAGAAUAUAUUCAAGGUCAGGGACCACCACGCCCUCAACAGCCACGCCCUCGUCGCCAGAAUCGGAAACCAAAUGGCCCUGGCGGUGGUUUGGAGCAGCAGCCACAGCAGAACGGCGCUCAAGAGCUGCAGAAUACAACCACAGAGAGCACUGCAUAAAAAGGACCGUCUAACCGUCAAAGAAAACAUCAGCAGUAGCAGUAGCAUAUAACAACAAUCGCAGCAGCAGCACAACAUCAUCAACAUCAGCAAUCACUGCAAAAUGGAGCAACAACAUCAGCAAUUAUAUUGCAGAAAUUUGCUAAAUGAGCCGCCGCGUUUUUUCGGUUUGUUUGCUUCUUUGUUUUGUUUCGUACGACAGCAGAACGAAUUGUAAAACUUAUACAUCAAAACCAAAUUUUUAUCAAAUUCAAAAGAAAUCUAUAAUGCCUGGCCGUCAAUGAUUGCAAAAAUGUCGAAUUGUAUUACACGAAACCAAAACUAUUAAAAAAAAUAAAUUCAAAUACGCCCAGCAAUUUAGAUAGCGUCCCCAAUUUACCUUAUAUUGUUUAUAAAACUUUUUAUUUAUUUUUGAAACUCGUUUUAUCGAACGUUUUUACGUUGUGCGUUAAGCGAACCCAAUAAAUAAGUUUCUCGUAUCAAAGAUCAACAUUAAUCAUUUAUAACCACACUCAAUUUUUGUCCCAUUAAUACAUCAUCUUAAAUCGAGAAAUUCAAGAAUCAGGCGGAAGCGAGGCCCCACUAAAUGUAUCGAAAAUGAAAGCAAAGCAGAGCAAACAAACAAACUUAAGUGAGAAAAAAUCAUGUAAUUCACAGCAAACAAAUAAUAAAAAAAAAAACUGUAAAAGAAGCAAGAAAUAUACAAUUGCAAGAUGGCAACAAAAGAAAGUAAAAAAAAACUUUAAAAAACUUAUUGGAAAAAAUAAAAAAAUUGAAAAACA